UGGUUUAGUGACUGUUUCCCUUGCUAGGGCGUUGCUACCCGCAGCUGGUGUCGUUCCUACCUCAGUUUCCAGCCUUCCUGCUUUGGCCAGGUGAGCCGCUCCGGCACCCCCAGAUACACCAGUGUGUGAGGGGUCCAGUGAGAAGUCAGUCUCCUGCCUCCACUUCCAACCUCUGACGGUUUGGUUCUGGUUUUGUGAAGGGAACCGAGGUGGCCGCCUGCAGGUCAUCAGCAAAACACCAGCCUCUCGUCUGCUCGGAGCCUGCAGUGCAGGGAGAAUUCACCUCAGCCAUAGACUUGGAGCUGAUGUGCCCUGACCGAAGGCUCUUUCUUGUGCCCUCUCUGUUAGCCAUGGGAUGAGGACACUGCGACCACCAUGCUGGAAGGAUUUGUCUGACAAACCGUCAGUGGGCGCGUGUCUCUACUCGCCUUGUGACUGAUACUCUUGGGUGCUCUUUUCUGCAGUUUUCCUUAGUGGGGCCAAGUCCACAUGUUCGUUCGAGCUCGGUUCCAGAAGAGAGAGACGUUUACUGAAAUAAAUCAGUUCAUGUGGAAAAAUUAUUAUGCAAACCAGAUUCUUCGUGCCCGCUCCCCUCCUAACAUCCCCAAAUGCCCUUGUUUUCUCAGUCGCCUUGGCGCACCUUUAAAAUAGGAUGAUGGUUUCAGCCUGCACUUGGGUUUCCAAUUCCUGCGCAGACAUGAGCAGUGAUGAUGUUCGGGCGGGAAUGAGAUGAUUUCCGUACCGAAUUAGCUGUUCUUUGCUACUAUUCUCAAGAGGGUGAACAUCAGACUCUUGGCCACACACUGCUGUUGGAGAGGAACUUACCGCUCCAGCUGUUGUGUGAAUUGUGGACGACUGCAUAACUUCCAUCUUGGCAGGGCUGCUGUGACCAGACCAGAGAGGCAGAUUCAAGUACUGGGCGAACUAUCCAGCAGUACGUGAGCAGGAUCCAAACACAUGAGCCCCAGUUGGUGUCGGCAAUACGCUGUAGCAGGUUUAGUCUUUUUGACUUGUGGCCCAAACCUUCGUUCCGUGUCCAAGGUUGUUCCAGAGUAUGCUGGCUCACCCUCAACACUAACACGUUCUCCAUCCAGAGUCACUUUCAGACUGUCAUUGAACCUCUUACAGUUUUGCUGGAUUCAGCUGAAGUUUGUUCGUUUGCUCAUUUCGUUACAGUUCCAAGUCCUCAUUCAGUUCAUUCUCCACAACAUCUAUUUCUGGCCCUGACACACAGUGUGAUUUCGCCUGCACACAGGCAUACAGGUGAUGUCAUGCGGCCGGACAGUCCAGAGGAGUCCAGCAGGAAAAGAUGCCUUAACACUGAGCCCGAAGGAACUCCUGUGCUGAGGCCUUGCCUUCAGAAAAGUACCAUUUAGUCUUCCUGUUAUUGUCCUGUGCAGCAGGAUAUCUCCUAUCCCAAGGCCCCGCGCCAUGGACUCCCGGCCCCUGUUCCACGCCCUGCACGCGGUGGCCGAGGACAACGUGGCCUUCUUCCGGCAGAGCGCCUCGGAGACGGGGCGCCGGUUCGUGGCGGCCUUCACGGCCAUCGGGGAGCACGCCCGCUGCCUGGAGCCGAUCCUGCGCCACUUCGCCAGCCUCUACCACGUCUUCGACCUGGACGAGGCCACGCCGGCCAACGGGUACCGCAGCCUGGCGCAGACGGCGCGCUGCUGCCUGGCCCACGUCCUGCACAAGAGCCGCUAUGUGGCCGCCAACCGUCGCAGCAUCUUCUUCCGCACGGGCCACAACGCAGCCGAGCUGGAGGCCUAUUGCGCCGCCCUGAGCCAGCUGCGGGCGCUGCUGUACCUGGCGCAGCGCCUGCUGACCCACAACCGCCCUGGCUGCCUCUUCCACCACGAGGAGCGCGGCCUGACCGAGCGGGUGCUGCGGGAGUACGGCACCCUGCACAAGGGCUGCUUCUACGGGCGCUGCCUGGGCUUCCAGUUCGCCCCCUCCAUCCGGCCCUUCCUCCAGACCAUCGCCAUCAGCCUGGUCUCUUUCGGCGAGAACUACAGACGCCACGACUCCGGCCUCAGCAUGGCGGCAAGCUCGCUGUUCACUUCGGGGAAGUUCGCCAUCGACCCAGAGCUGCGGGGAGUCGAGUUCGAGAGGAUCACGCAGAACCUCGACGUGCAUUUCUGGAAGAGCUUCUGGAACCUGACGGAGACCGAGCUGCUGGCUUCCGUGGCCAGCCUGGCGUCCACGCCGGUGCGGGUGAGCCGGGCGCUGACGGUGCCCCCUGAGCCCUUUGAGCUGCCGCUGGCUGCCGACCCCUCGCUGAGCAUCACUAUCAGCCCCCCGGUGGCGCACACUGGCCCAGGGCCCGUCCACAUGCGCCUCAUCUCCCACGAGCUGCGUGAGGGGCAGGACAGCGAGGCGCUCUCCGCGUUGGCCCAGCCCGAGGGCCCGCUGGGGCUGGAGCUGUGGCGCAAGGCGGCGCCCGCGCCCCCCUCGCCCCUCCUGCUGGUUCACUUCCACGGUGGCGGGUUCGUGGCGCAGACGUCCAAGUCCCACGAGCCGUACCUGCGGGGCUGGGCGCAGGAGCUGGGUGCCCCCGUGCUCGCCGUCGACUACGCCCUGGCGCCCGAGGCCCCCUUCCCCCGCGCCCUGGAGGAGUGCUUCUACGCCUACUGCUGGGCCCUGCGCCACUGCCGCCUGCUGGGCUCCACAGCGCAGCGGGUCUGCCUGGCCGGGGACAGCGCCGGCGGGAACCUCUGCCUCACCGUGACCAUGCGGGCGGCUGCCUUCGGCAUCCAGCUGCCUGACGGCAUCAUGGCGGCCUAUCCUGUCACCUUGGUGCGGGCCGCGGCCUCGCCCUCCCGCCUGCUCACGCUGCUCGACCCCCUGCUGCCUCUCAGCGUGCUCUGCAAGUGCCUCAGCGCCUACGCCGGCACGGAGCCAGCGGAGGGCGAGCCCCCCGGGCUGGAGAAGCUGGGCCCAGUGAACAUGAUGCGGCGGGACACGGCGCUGCUGUUGCAGGAGCUGCGGCAAAGCGCUUCAACCUGGCUGGGGGCGCUGCUGGACGGCCCAGGGCGCAGCAACGGGGCCGGUGCAGAGGCCCUGCGGAUGAGCGUCUCGGAGGCAGUGCUGGACGAUGACUCAGCUGUCAAAUCCAGGGGCUCCCACAAGAGCCAGACCUGCCAGGAUCUAUUGUGUGGGGUGUCAGCCCCCCUUGCCCCUGCAUCUGCCUCCCCUCCUCAGGGCAGCCCCCCCAGCUUCUUCCUGAGUGGGGAGCAGCUGGAGGAAGAGGCCCCUGGGGAUGAGAGGCUGCAGUAUCCUGAUGGCUUUGAGCCGCUGCGCUCGGACCAGCCCUCCACCAGCAUCACCCUGGAGGCAUCGCCCGUGGUGAAGAACCCUUUCAUGUCGCCCCUCCUGGCUCCGGACAGCAUGCUGCGAGGGCUGCCGCCGGUCCAUAUCGUGGCCUGCGCCCUGGACCCCAUGCUGGACGACUCGGUGAUGUUUGCCCGGCGGCUGCGGGAGCUGGGCCAGCCAGUGACGCUGCGGAUUGUGCAGGACUUGCCGCACGGCUUCCUGAGCCUGUCCCAGUUGUGCCGUGAGACCCGCCAGGCAGCCGCACUGUGCACCCGAGUCAUCCGUGAGAUCCUGCUGCCCCCGCAGCCCACACCACCCACCGCCCCGCCCUCACCCCGCAAGCACCGCAGGCUGGAGCGGACGCUGCCCUCGGGGGCUGCCAUGGGCCAGGAGAGCAGGGCCAUGGGCCAGGUGGCCACGGGUCUGGCCACGCCCAGCCUCAAGAGUCCCACCCCAGCUGCCUUGGAGACCAUGCCCGGCCAGGGGGGUCGGGUCCCAGUGGAAACUCCCCACAGGCGGGAGCCGGGGCCCCAGAGUGGCCCGGCGGGAAAGGAGGUGGGGGCCUGAGCCCCCGGCCGUGGUUGGGGAUUUCCUGGGAGCCCCUUGGUGCUUUUCUCUCUGUGGCUUCCGGGUAGGGGGAGGAGGGAAGGCCCCCCCCCGAAAGCCUGGCUGCCCCCCACAGCCCCCAGGGACUGGUCUGUAGUGGUUUUUGCUGGAGAGGUGGUUGCUGCUGUCUGUAUCCUGUGGCCUGAGGAGGCGGUGUCUCCCGUCCCCUGUCCCCAGCCCCUCCUGGGCUCCCACACACCAGCACUGCUCAGAACAGGCCCCCCUGCACUCCAAGGGAUGCCCCAGGUGCCAGGCCUGAGCUGAGGGUGCAGCCCCAGGCCCCACCUUCCACGCUGACUCCAGGGGUGGGGCAGAGAAGCUGGGCUGCCACCCCAUACUCUGGGGGUUGGGGGAGGGUGGGAGCUCUUUGCCCCCCUCCUUUCCCUGUGUGCAGUGGGGGGAGCCCACUCCAGCCCAUCUGCCCCCCCAGACUACUCACUCCCCUGCCUGCUGCUGCUGUGAACCAAAUGGAAGGUUGGGGGUGCGCUCCCUCCUGGGGGGCUCCAGGGACCCCCAUCCACAACCUUCAGUUUUGUAAAUAAAAGGCUGUUUGAUAUUGA